AUGGGCUUGGUCAGUGUCUAUAGGGAGGCAGCAUGAGACGCUUCUCUGCCCGGACCAUGCAAGCGUUGUGGUAUUUGGAGGAAACAACAGUUUGACAUUUCUCUCAAAUAAAAAGAUGUGGAGGAGCCUCACGCUCUCGCUAAUGGUAUCCUUGGCACUGGGUGCAGAGGUUUCCCAGUCUGAGGAUGUAGAGUUGUUGGCAACGGUAGAAACGAUGGAGGAGAUGCAGGAGAACUUCAGCGAUAUAUCCGGACUACCGAGGGACGCAAGACGUCAGAUCUUGGCGGCCCAGUUUGAGUGCUACCUGAGGAUGAUCACAGAUCCACCUCGAACAGAAGAAGGUCCUUACUGUAACCGUACGUGGGACGGCUGGUUGUGUUGGGGAGACUCAGCACCGGGGACUGCGCUGCAGAUGUGUCCUACAUACUUUGUCGAUUUCGACCCCGGUGAAAAAGUGACCAAAGUGUGUAACCCUGAUGGCCAGUGGUUCCACCAUCCAGAGAGCAACAGAGUCUGGAGUAAUUACACGCUGUGUCAGGCCCACACAAAAGACAAACUCAAGUUUGCAUUGAGUAUCUACUACCUGGCGUUGGUGGGUCAUGGUCUUUCUAUUAUCUCCUUGAUCAUCAGUCUGAUCAUCUUUUCUUUUCUAAACAGUCUUAGCUGCCAGAGGAUCUCCCUCCACAAGAACACGUUCCUGUCCUUCAUCUUGAACUCUAUCGUCACCAUAAUGUGGCUUUCAGUCACUGUGGCCAACAACAAAACCAUAAGUUCCAGCAACCCUGUAAGCUGCAAGAUUCUGUCUGUUCUGACUCAGUAUACGUCUACCUCCAACUAUUUCUGGAUGCUGUGUGAGGGCAUCUACCUCCACACGCUCAUCAUAGUGGCUGUCUUUGUUGAGGAACAGCAGCUCUUCUGGUACUACAUCCUGGGAUGGGGUUUCCCCAUCGUCCCUGCCGUAACGUAUGCAGUCGCUCGUGGGCUCUUCUAUAAUGAUAAGUGUUGGAUCAGCUCACACACAAACCUCGUCUACAUCAUUCACGGACCCAUCCAAGUUGCACUGCUGGUGAACCUUUUCUUUCUCCUCAACAUCGUCCGGGUUCUGAUCACCAAGCUGAGGGAGACCCACUGUGCUGAGUCCACAGCCUACAUGAAGGCAGUGAGAGCCACCCUGAUCCUGAUCCCUCUGCUGGGGGUGCCGUUCAUCCUCCUACCCUGGAAACCCGAGGGACGCAUCAGCCAGACCGUCUACGAAUUCUUCAUAAUCCUCUUCUCCAACUUUCAGGGACUCCUGGUGGCAAUUAUUUUCUGUUUCUGCAACGCUGAGGCACAAACAGCACUCAAGAGGAAGUGGGUUCAGUGGAAGUCCGCCUGGGGUAAAACUGGCUGGGGAGACACACCGAUCACCAACAACCACUUCAGCUGUCAUACCAACUCGUCCAUCAUGGAGUCCAGCCGAGCCACCGUCAGCUUGGAGCAUCCCUCCGCUGCGUCCACUCUCCAACAAAAAGAAACCAGUCACCUCACAUCCCCGAUGCAGCACAAAACUGGGCAGGAAAAUACCAGCAAGGCGUGCCCCAAUGGGCAGGGUGACAUUCCCAAUAUGAUGGAGACCACUUACAUCUGAAUUAGGCCCAAAUACACACAAACAUCCAUUUUUAUAUAUCCUCGUGGGGACACGUAUUUCUAUAGCUCUUUA